CUGGCCGGCGCUCGGUGCCCGCCGUGCCCGCGGAGGGAGGGCCCUCGCCCGGCGAGUGGCCAAUCCGGGCGGGCGCUGGCGGCGAGCAGGGGCAGAAUGGGCUGUAGUUGAGCGAAAUAGGGAAAGCGGCGAACAGUGUGGAGCGUUCCCGGUGUAAAUAAAAGGGGGGGCGGUAAAAAAAAAAAAAGUUUGUGGAAGUCGCCGCCCUGCAGCCUCGCUCGGGCAGCGGCGCGGGGGCUUGUGCGGUGCGGGAGCCCGGCACGGAGGACUUUAGUGCGCGGCGUUAACACGCUCUGCCUAUUGUUUGUGUUUUUUUCCAAAAUAUGGCAAAGGUUCAGGUGAACAAUGUAGUGGUGUUGGAUAAUCCUUCUCCUUUCUACAAUCCUUUCCAGUUCGAAAUCACAUUCGAGUGCAUAGAGGACCUGUCUGAAGAUUUAGAAUGGAAAAUAAUUUAUGUGGGUUCAGCUGAAAGUGAAGAGUAUGAUCAGGUGUUAGACUCUGUUUUAGUUGGACCUGUUCCUGCGGGCAGACACAUGUUUGUAUUUCAGGCUGAUGCACCUAACCCAGGGCUUAUUCCAGAUGCAGAUGCAGUAGGUGUAACUGUUGUGCUAAUUACAUGCACUUACCGAGGUCAAGAAUUUAUUAGAGUCGGCUACUAUGUAAACAAUGAAUAUACUGAAACAGAACUGAGAGAGAAUCCACCAGUAAAGCCAGAUUUUUCUAAGCUUCAAAGGAAUAUUUUGGCAUCUAAUCCCAGAGUCACGAGAUUCCACAUUAAUUGGGAGGACAACACUGAAAAACUGGAAGAUGCAGAGAGCAGUAACCCAAAUCUACAGUCCUUGCUUUCCACAGAUGCAUUACCUUCAGCAUCAAAGGGGUGGUCAACAUCAGAAAAUUCACUAAAUGUUAUGUUAGAAUCUCAUAUGGACUGCAUGUGACUAACCACCAUCCUUUUGGUACUGUAUAUGUGUUAAACUGUAAAAACAACCAGAACUAUUUCCCUCGAGUUCCAUAAGUGCAUAGUUGAAGCAAUGUGAAGAACUUGUUUUAAAACAUCCUGUAGAAAGUUUAUAAAAAAACAAAACCAAAAAACCCAACAAACAAACAGUAUUUGAGGAGAUUGUGAAAUAUAAAUACAACUAUUUUUAAGUAAUUGC